AUGAAUAAUGGCCUUGCUCGAACACCACAGAUGGGAUGGAAUAACUGGAAUUCACUGGGCUGCGACGUCUCAGAAGAACUGCUCUUAGACACGUCCGCAAAACUCGUCCACUUUGGCCUGCGAGAUGUUGGUUACAACUACGUGGUACUCGAUGACUGCUGGUCCAGGGGCCGUAAUGAGGAAGGCUUUCUCGUUGUGGAUGCUAAGAAGUUCCCUCGUGGCAUGAACUUCAUUUCAGAUUACAUCCACGACAUGGGCAUGCUGUAUGGCAUGUAUUCAAGUGCCGGAGAGAUGACGUGCGCACGAUACCCCGGAUCUCUCGACUAUGAGAAAAAUGACGCCAAAUCGUUUGCUUCGUGGGGAGUAGACUACUUGAAGUACGAUAAUUGCUUCAACAUGGGCCGUUUUGGCACACCGGGCACCUCAUACGCGAGGUAUGAUGCCAUGUCCAAGGCUUUGAAUAGCACUGGCCGUCCCAUGCUGUAUUCACUGUGUAACUGGGGAGAGGACUAUGUUCAUACUUGGGGCAUGUCGAUUGCCAAUUCGUGGCGUAUGUCUGGUGAUAUUUACGAUUCGUUUACACGGCCAGACGCGCUUUGCUCUUGUGAUGAUCCGCGGGAUCCCAUUUGCGUUGCACCCGGAUCUCGCUGCUCCGUUCUCAACAUUCUCAACAAAGUUGCGCCGUACGCUGCGAUCGGCCAUCCUGGAGGAUGGAACGACUUGGAUAUGCUCGAAGUCGGCCUAGGAGGCAUGACCGACGAUGAAUAUAAAGCUCAUUUCACCAUGUGGGCAGUAGUAAAGUCCCCGCUGCUGAUUGGUGCAGACUUGCGCAAACUCCCUCCCCUGGCUCUUACAAUUCUAAACAACCCUGCCGUCAUCGCCAUCAACCAAGAUCCUGCUGGACGGCCCGCAACCAGAGUCAGUGUAGAAUACAACGUCAAAAAGGACAAGUAUGGAGUGGGGGAGACACAGGUGUGGUCCGGCCCACUGGCAAACGGCGACCAGGUGGUUGUCUUUCUCAACGCGGCGGACGAGGACUUGGAUAUGAGAGCUGGCCUGGAUGAGAUUUUCGUCGCGGAAGGACCAGAAUGCUCGGCUGAACAUUGCCAGCAGUCUUGGAUUGUGUAUGACUUGUGGGGAGGACGUAUGAAAGAAAAUAUUGCGAAGAAGAUUGUGGAUGCUUCUCAAGAGAAGGCUGCCAAGGAGCUCAAGCACUUGAAGUGGUACAACUCUACUGAGCUGAGUUAUAAGGAGGGACUAGAUAAUGAGGACGAAAGGCUUUUUGGCGUGGAGAUUGGCACGGUCAAAGCGAAGGGGAUAUUGAAAGCCAAAGUUCCAAAGCAUGGUGUCGCUGCGUUUAGGUUGAGAAGCCGAGAUGGGGCUCCAAAGAGGUAUUCUACCACCACGAAUGAUGAGUUGUAG